CCAGUUUCCACUACCCGACAUAACUGACAAACAAACUUUCACAGAACAAUUGUAAUUAGGAGAAGAGAGAUAUCUUUGAGCUUCAGCUCAGACGCAGAGACACACACUCUCAAUUUCAUCCUCUUUUCUGCUAAAAAUGGAACAGAGGAUUUGCUCAUCAUCAUCAUAUUGAGAUGAAGUGAUGCAACAGUAGCUAGCUAGAAACCAUAGCAGCAGCAGUAGCAGCAAGCUCUUCCCUUUUGGCCUUCUUCCUCUUCUUCAUCAUCAUGAUGUCAAGAGAUCAUGGAAUCACUGCCACCCCCGCCAUCACCAUUUUUGCUAUUCUCAUCCUUAACAUCACCCUGCUCCCUUCUGUCUCCUCUGCCCUGAACCUGGAAGGCCAUGCCCUGCUCUCAUGGCUCUCCACCUUCAACUCCUCCCCCUCCUCCUCCUUCUUCGCCUCCUGGAACCAGACCCACCGCAACCCCUGCCGCUGGGACUUCAUCCAGUGCUCGCCCGGAGGGUUCGUCUCUGGGAUCGCCAUUUCCUCCGUCUACAUUCCCACGGGCUUCCCCACUCAGGUCCUCUCCUUCUUCCAUCUCUCCUCCCUUGUCAUUAAAGGCGUGAACUUGACCGGUGAGAUCCCUCCUGCCAUCGGGAACCUGUCAAAGCUCACGGUUCUGGACCUCAGCUACAAUGGACUGAUCGGGAAGAUCCCGCCCGAGAUUGGGAAACUCUCCCGGCUUGAGUCGUUGGCCCUCAACACCAACUUCCUGGAGGGGGAGAUUCCCAGGAGCAUCGGGAACUGUUCUGCUCUUGCGCGGCUUGAGAUUUUCGACAAUCAGCUCUCGGGAAGGAUUCCUGUAGAGAUAGGAAUGUUGGGUAGCCUGGAGAUAUUUCGGGCUGGUGGGAACCCGGGGAUUUUCGGGGAGAUCCCCUCGGAGAUAUCGAGCUGCGUUGAGUUGAACUUCCUUGGCCUCUCGGACACCGGAAUAUCGGGUCCAAUCCCGGACAGCCUGGGGGAGCUCAAGAAGCUUAGGACUCUGUCGGUUUACACGGCAAAUCUCACAGGCGAGAUUCCAAAGAGUAUAAGCAACUGCUCUGCCUUGGAGGAUCUGUUCCUGUAUCAGAACCGGAUAUUGGGUAGUAUUCCUGAGGAGCUGUUCUGGCUUAGGAAUCUCAAGAGGGUGCUGCUCUGGCAGAAUGAGCUAGUUGGGCAGGUCCCAAGAAAUAUUGGGAACUGCUCGGGGCUGCUCGUGGUUGAUUUAUCAGUUAAUUCCUUGAGUGGUGAGAUUCCUCCGUCCUUGGCCAACUUGGCUUCUCUGGAGGAACUUCUUCUGUCAGAGAACGAGUUUUCAGGGGAGUUCCCGUCUUUUAUCGGUGAGAUUUUGAGCCUGAAACAGCUCGAGCUGGACAAUAACGCCCUUUCCGGUGAAAUCCCACCCUCAAUCGGGAAGCUCGAGAAUCUUUUCCUAUUCUUUGCAUGGCAAAAUCGACUGAAGGGAAGAAUACCGGGGGAGCUUGCAAACUGUCAACAGCUCCAAGCUUUGGAUCUUUCACAUAAUUCGCUGGCAGGUCCCAUCCCGAGCCAGCUCUUCGGCCUCAAGAACCUGUCACAGUUAUUGCUGAUAUCUAAUUCAUUAUCGGGUGGAAUCCCGCCAGAGAUUGGAAACUGCACGAGCCUGACCCGUUUAAGGCUCGGGUCAAAUCAGUUGACAGGUCGGGUCCCGCCUGAGAUUGGGCUGCUUUACAGCUUGAGCUUCCUGGAGCUGUCAGAGAAUAGAAUCACCGGACCAAUCCCUCCGGAGAUUGGCAACUGUGUGAAGCUAGAAAUGGUUGAUUUGCACGCAAACGAAAUCAUGGGCACAAUACCUUCAUCACUUGAACGGCUUGAACGUCUCAACGUGCUGGAUAUUUCUUCAAAUCAUCUGACAGGACCGAUUCCGGGUAACUUGGGGAAGCUUACUUCAUUGAAUAAACUUGUUAUUAGCAGAAAUAACAUCUCAGGUUCAAUUCCACCGUCGUUAGGAUUGUGCAAGGAUUUGCAGUUGCUUGACAUCAGCUUCAAUAGGCUUGCAGGUCCGAUUCCAUAUGAGAUAGGUCAAUUACAAGGACUGGACAUAAUGUUGAACCUGAGUUGGAACUCUCUAUCCGGUCCCAUCCCAAGCAGCUUCUCGAAACUGUCCAACCUUGCGAACUUGGACUUCUCGCACAAUGAUUUGUCAGGGACUCUAGAGGUGCUGGGGAAACUUGACAACCUCGUGUCUCUGGAUGUCUCGUACAACAAAUUCUCGGGUCUGCUUCCUAAUACAAAGUUCUUCCAGAAUCUGCCAGCGGCUGCUUAUGCAGGAAACCAAGACCUGUGUAUUGACAGUAACGGGAACAAGUGUUCCGGAGCGAUCAAUGGGACCAAACCAGCAAGAAAUCUCCUUAUUUGUGUUUUUCUUGGCAUAACAAUGACGGUGUUGAUCGUGAGCACUGGAAUGUAUCUAUAUCUGAGAAUUUAUGGAGCUAAACUCAGGAGGAGCGAUGAAGAGAGUGACCUUGAGUGGCAUUUUACCCCAUUCCAGAAGCUCAACUUCUCGGUUACGGAUAUUGUAACGAAGCUAUCAGACUCGAAUGUCGUUGGAAAAGGAUGCUCAGGAUUGGUCUAUCGGGUCGAGACCUCGACCAAGCAAGUGAUCGCAGUGAAGAAGCUUUGGCCUCCUAAUAACGAGGGACGUCCUGAUCCCGAGAGAGACUUGUUCUCGUCUGAGGUUCGGAUCCUUGGUUCAAUCAGGCACAAGAACAUAGUGAGACUCCUUGGGUGCUGUAACAGAGGGAAAAGCCAAUUGCUCCUAUUUGAUUACAUCAGUAACGGUAGUUUAUCGGGAUUGUUACAUGAGAAGAAUCAAGUAUGCUUGGAUUGGGACGUGAGAUAUCAGAUCAUACUCGGAGCGGCUCAUGGAUUGGCAUAUCUUCACCACGACUGCAUCCCCCCGAUAAUUCACCGUGAUAUAAAGACGAACAAUAUCUUGGUUGGACCGCAAUUUGAAGCUUAUCUUGCAGAUUUCGGGCUCGCAAAGCUGGUGAAUACUUCUGAAUAUUCAGUUGCUUCCAAAACCAUUGCAGGAUCCUAUGGGUAUAUGGCUCCUGAAUAUGGGUACAGCUUCAAGAUCACGGAAAAGAGCGACGUGUACAGCUUCGGGAUAGUCCUCCUAGAGGUCCUGACAGGGAUGCAGCCUACGGAUACCAGGAUCCCUGAUGGGGCCCACAUCGUAUCAUGGGUGAACAGGGAGCUCAGGGAGAAGAGGAGAGAUUUCACGACGAUCCUCGACCCGCAGUUACUGUCGAGGUCGGGAACACAGACACAGGAGAUGCUGCAAGUCCUCGGGGUGUCCCUCCUCUGUGUGAGCCCCAUCCCUGAGGAGAGGCCCGCCAUGAAAGAUGUAGUGGCAAUGCUCAAGGAGAUAAGGCAUGAAGUACAUGAAGAGAUUGAAAAGCCAUGUUUAAAUGGGAAAUCCCUUGGGACAAAUCCAGAGGCAGCUGUCCAUUGUUCAAGCUUCUCUAGGUCCUCUGAACCUCUAAUUGCAUCAACUUCCUAGCUUGCAAAAACUAUAGUUUUUUUAUUUUUUUUCUACUAGGAAAAGAGAGAGCUGCUAUUCUUUCUUGCUUAAAAAGGUGACAUAUUCAUCGUAAAAAUUGAUUUCUCUAAUAGAACAAUUGGUUUCCUGUAAUAAAAGUUUAUGAUCAGGCUCCAAAUCGACAGACGGUUUAAAGCUCA